AUGGCUAGGAAGCAAUCAAAGUCAAGUGCGGUCGCAAAGGUCCCACAGCCUGAAAUGGCUCUCUCAUCUGCACUGUCCUCACCAUGGGGAUUUCUCCGACCCACCAACGACCUACAUACCACCGUCGUGGACUCCGCAAAGCACAUUUUGGACUCCCUCGCUGGAUCUGUCGUGGACGCUCAAACUACUCGCCGGCAGAUCAACAAAAAGCGCAAAAGAUCAGACCUCGAAUCAGCCUCUGCCACCCAACUUCAACUGAAAAACCUCUACGUAGAUGGCUUCACUUCAAAUCAAAUAUGGGAGCAGGCCACACGAAUUCUGGAGUCGACUGGUGAAGAAGUCGAGCGAGACAUCACUCUUAUUACCCAGCACAAUGGUUUUUUGGAUCAGGAGGAUUCUGAGCUCGAGGAUAUCUCAGAUUCUGAGCUUGAGCAAUCCGAUAGUGACAGCCAGGAGGGAAUGUUGGAUGAUCUCUCUGAAGGCUCGGGCGCCGAAGAUGACCUCGAUGGAGAGUCUAAUUUGGGAUCCGAGGCCGUGGCCGAGGAGGAUGAUGACAUGGAAGACGAAGAAGACAUGGAGGAAUGGGACGACGAUAAAUCCAUGGCCUCCGAGGAAGAAGCGCCCGAAAUCUUCGUCGAGGAUAAGUUCGGUCUGAAUGAUGGGUUCUUCUCCAUCGAUGACUUCAACAAGCAAUCAGAGGCGCUCGAAAGACAGGAUGCCAAAGGAGGACCUGAGGAGGGUGAAGACAGCGACGAGGAGGAUCUCGACUGGCACUCCAACCCAUUGAUGGCUGGAAAUGCCGCCCCGGUCAGCAACAGCAAUGCAUUGAAGAACUCACGACACAAAACCGAAGAUGAGGACGAACAGAUGGAUGAUAGCGAGGAAGAGGGGCCGACGUUCGGCAAUGCCGAUCUCGGCGCUGACUCCGACUCCGACGAUGAAGACGCCGAAGGUCUUGAUGAUGAAGAGGCUGCUGGCUGGGUCAACACUAGUGAUAUCAAAUAUGCCGACUUCUUCGCACCUCCACCCCGCAAGCCCUCCAACAAGAAGGCUCGCGCACUUCCUAAAACACAACCCGAUGCGGCGCCUGUUGACGAUGCUGAUGUCGAUCGUGCUAUGGCCGACGUUCGACGAGAUUUGUUUGACGAGGAGGAAGACUCUGCUGAAGGCGAAGGUGACGAUCUUGACAAAGCUGGGGAUUCAAAUGCUCCCAAAUCCUCACACGAAAAGCAGAAGGCGCGGAUUGCAGAUGAAAUCCGCCGUCUGGAGGCCGCCAAUGUGGCCAAGAAGGAAUGGAUGCUUGCCGGUGAAGCCAGAGCUGUGCAAAGACCUGUUAAUUCUCUUAUUGAAGAAGAUCUUGACUUUGAACGGAUUGGAAAGCCCGUCCCCGUUGUCACCAACGAGACCACCGAAGACAUCGAGGAACUGGUCAAGCGUCGCAUUCUCGCUACGGAGUUUGAUGAAGUGAUCCGUCGUCGGCCAGGCGCUGAGGGCCAACAGGCUGGAAGAAAGCCCCGAUUCGAGUUGGAUGAUACCAAGCCACAGCAAGGUCUGGCCGAGAUGUAUGAAACCGAACAUCUCAAGGCCAAUGAUCCCAACUUUGUCGACACCAAGGACCGGAAGUUGAUGCGGGAACACGCCGAGAUCACCAGUCUGUGGAACGAUGUCAGUGCUCAGUUGGAUACACUAUGCAACUGGCACUACAAGCCCAAGAUCGCCCAAGCAAGCAUCAAUGUCGUUACUGAUGCGCCAACAAUCAUGAUGGAAGAGGCACGCCCCACCGCUGGCGGUGCUGCCGGCGGGCCUGUAGGACUCGCUCCCCAGGAAAUUUACGCACCUGGCGAUGAUGGCAAGGUUGGAGGAGAGGUGGUUCUCAGAAAUGGUGCAUCAAUCUCCAAGGAGGAAAUGUCCCGCGAAGAGAAGGCCAGGAACAGGCGCCAGAAUAAGAAGACCCAGAAGAAGGCCAAUGCCGAAGCUUCCGAGAAAAAGCCCGGCAAGGCGGCUGAAAAACAGCAGAUGAUGUCUGAUCUGAAGAAGGGAGGAGUCAAGGUCAUUGGCAAGGAUGGUCGUGUGACCGAUAUCAAUGGUGAUACCGUCAAUGCAGGUGCCAAAACCAGAGGGGAUAAUUUGAAACUGUGA